CCGCUAGACGAGACUGGAGACACGGAGUCUCGGGCCAUCCUCCGAGACGGGCUCCACCCGAGUCGGCGUCCCGUCGGCCUGGUCAGAGCCUUCAGGUGCGCAUCGGAUGCCCUGGAACGUCUGGCCGCUGCCACCUCCAGCGAGGAUCUCCGCGUCCUCGACCCUCUGGAGCUGGAGCUUCGCAUCCUGCAGCUGGACGAACUGAAGGGCCUGUUGAUGUCCAACAUGGGCACGAUCAAGAGCGGGCUCGGGGCGGAAACGUAUCUGGUGAAGAGUCUGGAGGAAGACCUCCUUUUCGUCGAGGACUCCCGGGAACGGCUGGGGAUGGUCCUGCGGCUCCGGAAGGAUGCCGAGGACGCGCUCGACGGGUUUCGCCGCUGGGUCCGGGAGAGGGAACGGGAGCGAGACGACAUCCCCUGCCUCAGGCCCUCCGUCGCCCGGCUGCCUCUAACCCUGGACAAACUUCGGGAACUCCAGAGAAAGUUGAAUUGCGAGGAGCCGCCGGUCGGGAUUUGUGGAGAGAAACUGGAGCGGGUCCGAGAACGGACGAGUCCGGAGUCGGCGGCCAACCUCUUCGCCGAGUUCGCCUUCUACGAGAGCAUCCAGAGGAGCCUGGCGGGAGCGGUGGAGGUCUGGCUCGCUCGCCUGAGCGGAGUGCAGGAAAGGCUCUCGGCCUUCGACGACAUGUGCCAGGAGAUGCAUGCCUCCGUUGCAGAGUGCGAGAGAGUGCUCGACUCCGGGGAAGCGUCGAGCUAUGCACUGUUUCGGGUGAAGGGAAUCGUGAUUCACCUUCUCCAGGAAUGGAAGAACCGAUUGGAAGGGUGGCCCCUGAAGGAGGCGAAGGAGGAAAUGCACGGGAUCGCGGAAUGGGUCUGCUUCCGGGACGGGCGAUCCCUCCAGCAGCGGCUGUCGGGACUCCUGGCGCGGAGGAACCUGGUCCUGGAUCGACUGCAGGCGUCCUCCUCCCAGAGAUACAUCCGACUCCUGGUUUGCAUCUCACUGUCAAUUUUCCUCCUCUUCGCCCUCAUGCACGGCGCAAUGGAGUUUGAGGCGCCGGGAUGCGAAGACACGAACCACACGAGGUGCCUCCGAUCCAACAACCUGGCGGCCAGUUUCCAACCCGUCCUGGUCUACGUCCAAGGAUCUCCUCCCGUCUAGUCGGGCCUCUAGUCACGGAUUCCCUGCGAUUUCAAUAAAUGACCGUCUGGCGGCUUCUGCUUUU